AUGGAAAAAGAUGGGAUCACUGAUCUCUUGAUGGAUUACUUCAAGUUUCUACCUCUUGAGAUGAAAUUAGACAUCUUAACCCGCUUACCAACGGAAUUGGUGCUCAAUUGCAAAUCAAUAUGCACUUAUUGGAGAAAUGUUGUUGGUCAUCCAUCAUUUAUCAGGAUGCAUUUUCAUCAUCAUCUCAAUCAUCCUGCUGCUGUAUCAGGUAAAUUGGACUUUCUUGUUCUCUCUGAAUCUGGUAGAUUACACUAUUUUGAAUAUGAUGAUGAUCAGUCGACAACACCCAUUCAGAGAAUUAAAAGAAUCAAUUUUCCCUUUGCGCUUAAGCAUUUUAGGUUUAUUGGUUCAAUUAAUGGGUUGGUUUGUCUUCUCGAAAGGGCUUACAAUAGCCCCCAAUCUGUUUGGAUUUGGAACCCUAUCACCAGAGAAUGUGUUAUGCUUCCGGAAAUCAAGAAACAUUCUGAUAAUGAUGGGUAUUGGUAUGAAGAGACAAGCUUUGGUUAUGUUCCUUCAACCAAAGAAUACAAAGUUGUAGGAUUUUAUGUGUCCAAGACCCAUUUUGAAGUCCAUAUUUACACUCUAGGCAGUGGCAAUGGGUGGAGAAAUAUUGGAAAGUUCAAUUAUGGAUCCACAACCGUUACGAAGGGAGGUGGUGUUUUAUGUAAGAGUGAUGUUAUUUUAACUGACAGUGAUGAUCACAUCAAAAUUUGCGACACAAAAACUCCAACCUCGAAAAGCCUUGUGAAUUUUAAUAGUUACAUUCAAGUAUCCCCUCACAAGAACACCUUAGUUUCAUUGAAAGAAUUAGGGGAAGAAGAUGCAAAAGUAAUGGAGUCGGAUAAAACUGAGGAGAUGAAAAGGCGUGAGAAGCAACAGGAGGAUGCAGACCCUGAAUACAUGUACUUGUAA